GUAGUGGGAGCCAUGAGCAUGACAAUUGCUUUCCAGGUUUUUAAUGUGUGCCACAUAGAGAAGACCCCUGGUUGUAUCUUGGGAGCUCUGACAAGCCCAUGCUUUUGGCAGUAAGCGUUGUAACAGCUGUGAUGAGGCCACUAGUUCCUUGCCAGAGAGUUUGACCACAGAGAGUCGCCAAGAUAGCUGGGCCAGGAAGAAAACGUCGCACCCCUGACCCAGACUCCAUUACCGACCCCGGUGGGCCGUUUGUGUCCUCCAAACGGCUGAAAAUGUCCAGCAGCACCAAUGCCCCUGGCCAGAGGAGAGUGUCUCGGGGCUUGGACGAUGCCACCAACAAGAAGAAGCAGAAGGAUCGAGCCAACCAGGAGAGCAAGGAAGUGUCUCGCCCUGAGCUUGAGCAGGCUGAGACCGCCCAGGAGAAGGACUCAGAAGAGGAGCUGCUGCUGGACUGGAAGCAGAACGCUGACGAGAUCAUUGUCAAGCUGAACUUGGGCAGUGGAGCUCUGAAGGUGGAGGAUGUGGAUGCUGCUUUCACCGACACGGACUGUGUGGUCAAACUACCAGAUGGGCGCCAGUGGAGCUGUCAGUUCUAUGAGGAGAUUGAGAGCUCCUGCAGCAAGGUCCAGUGCAAGAAGGGCAACUUUCUACAGCUUGUGCUUCAGAAGAAGAUCCCACUGCAUACCUGGUCUUCGCUUCUGAAGAGAAGGAAAGACGGAUCCAAAGAGCUGGCCAAAGGGGCCGUGUGCUGGGAGAACGGGAAGGAGAAGGCUGCUUCUGCAGAGCUGGCCCCUGAAGAGCCAAGGGCUGAAGGUGCAGAGCCGCCGAGGUCCCGGCGGGAGGCCUCCAACCCCAAGCGCGCUCCGGGAAGAAGCGAGGCCCUGGGAGGGAAAAGCCCAGCCAGCCCAGGGACACAGAGCGGCCCCAGCGCCAAGCGGGCAGUAUACCUCAAAGUGGCUCCCACUGAAGAGGAGGCAAAUGCCAGAGUCACUGGGAGCGUGGAGCCCAGCAAAGGGCAUAGCGGGAGGGUAGGCAGCCGCCGCAAUGGCAGAGCCAGCCAGAUCGAUGCACCCACGGCCCUUGUGGACCCCACACCGCCACUGGAGAAGGCUGUGGUUUUGGCCAAGGAGACUGUUCCUGUGGAGAUGCCACCUCUUGCAGCUACCACAGAGGUGUUCCCCCACCGCGUUGCCACCUGCGUGGAGAAAAGAGUCCUGCAGCCAGGCAGCUCUGCUGAGGCCUUGCGGGGCCGGGACUGCACGCCUGUCCUGGGAGAGAGCUCUAAGGCCAUCCCAGCGGCCACCCCUCCCCUGGGCAGAGAUGGUGAGAAGAGGGACUGGUCCAAGGAUGACGUGGCUCUGGAAGCAGCAGCUGAUGAGCCAGAGCCUUUUGUGAGCCUGACCUUUGUCAAGAAUGACUCAUACGAGAAGGGCAAUGACCUGGUGGUGGUGCAUGUCUACGUGAAGGAGAUCCACAAGGAGACGUCCAAGGUGUUAUUCCGGGAGCAGGACUUCACACUGGUGUUCCAGACGAGCGACACAAACUUCCUUCGCCUCCAUCCUGGCUGCGGGCCCCACACAGUGUUCCGGUGGCAGGUGAAGCUCAGGAACCUUAUUGAGCCGGACCAGUGCACAUACAACUUCACGGUGUCUCGCAUCGACGUCUGCCUGAAGAAACGCCAGAGCCAGCGCUGGGGGGGGCUGGAGGCUCCAGCCACACGAGGUGCAGUGGGUGGUGCAAAGGUUGCCAUGCCUACAGGCCCUACCCCUCUGGACAAGAACCCCCCCGGCAGUAACCAGCACCCACUGUCCAGCAAGGAGGAGGCCCGAGCCAGUGACAAAGAGAAGCCGCGCAUGGAAGAUGGGGGUCUGGAUGGUGUGGCAGCCCGUACGGCCCCAGAGCAUGUGGCAGUGAAGCAAGAGCCGCACAUCCCCUCACCCAAACCAACAUGCAUGGUGCCACCGAUGACACACAGCCCGGUGAGCACUGAGAGUGUGGAGGAUGAUGAAGAUGAGGACGAGAAGAAGAAGGUGUGCCUGCCUGGCUUCACGGGGUUGGUGAACCUGGGCAACACCUGCUUCAUGAACAGCGUCAUCCAGUCCCUGUCCAACACCCGGGAGCUGCGCGACUACUUCCAUGAUCGGUCCUUUGAGUCAGAAAUCAACUACAACAACCCGCUGGGGACGGGGGGACGCCUGGCCAUUGGCUUUGCCAUGCUGCUGCGAGCACUGUGGAAGGGCACACACCAUGCCUUCCAGCCCUCUAAACUGAAGGCAAUUGUGGCCAGCAAGGCCAGCCAGUUCACUGGCUAUGCCCAGCACGAUGCUCAGGAGUUCAUGGCCUUCCUCCUCGAUGGCCUGCACGAGGACCUCAACCGCAUCCAGAACAAGCCCUACACAGAGACUGUUGACUCGGAUGGGAGGCCUGAUGAGGUGGUAGCUGAGGAGGCUUGGCAGCGACACAAGAUGAGGAAUGACUCUUUCAUUGUGGACCUCUUCCAGGGCCAGUACAAAUCCAAGCUGGUGUGCCCGGUGUGUUCCAAGGUGUCCAUCACCUUCGACCCCUUCCUGUACCUCCCCGUUCCCCUCCCACAGAAGCAAAAGGUGCUGACUGUCUACUACUUUGCAAAGGAGCCGCACAAAAAACCCAUCAAGUUUCUCGUGAGUAUCAGCAAGGAGAACUCCAGUGCCAUGGAGGUACUUGACUCGGUGGCCCACAGCGUGCGUGUGAAACCAGAGAACCUGCGCCUGGCAGAGGUGAUCAAAAAUCGCUUCCACCGCAUGUUCCUGCCGUCCAACUCACUGGAUACAGUCUCCCCCACGGACCUGCUGCUCUGCUUUGAAGUGCUGUCCCCAGAGCUGGCCAAGGAGCGGGUGGUGGAGCUGCAGGUCCAGCAGCGUCCGCAGGUGCCCAGCGGCCCCGUCGCCAAGUGUGCAGCCUGCCAGAAGAAGCAGCUGCCGGAGGAUGAGAAGCUCAGGCGCUGCACAAGGUGUUAUCGAGUCGGUUACUGCAACGUGGCAUGUCAGAAAACACACUGGCCAGACCACAAGGCUUUGUGCCGCCCCGAGAACAUUGGUUUCCCCUUCCUCAUCAGCGUGCCGGAGUCCCGCCUCACCUAUGCCCGCCUGGCCCAGCUGCUGGAGGGCUAUGCAAGGUACUCAGUCAGCGUGUUCCAGCCUCCGUUCCAGCUGGGCCGGAUGUCGCCGGAGCAGGGGCUGCAGCCUCUGCUGCCAGACAAGCUGGAGCCCCUGGCCAAGAGCAGCUGUGCAGCGGCCACCUCUGCCCCUGAGCUGGGGGACGGGGACAGAGCUUCCAGCCUCCUGCAGGAGCCCCCACUCUCGCCAGCUGUGCCUGAGCUGCACCCAGAGCUGGGGGACACCAGCACUGUUCGGAGCAAGGUCCUGGCAGCCAGGAGUUCCCUGCUGAGCUUGGAUUCGGGCUUCUCUGAGCACAUGGAGUCGCAGGGCGACAGCUGUUGUGAGAAGGAGCCGUCCUAUGAAAGAGCCCUCAAGCCAGAAGCUGCCAUCCCUGGGUACCAACACACUCCAGACUCGCUGAGUGCCCGCGCCACGCAGUUCUACAUCAACAAAAUUGACGCUGCCAACCGAGAGCACAAGCUGGAAGAUAAAGGUGACACCCCCCUGGAGCUGACAGACGACUGCUCCCUUGCCCUGGUGUGGAAGAACAAUGAGCGCCUCAAGGAGUUCGUGUUGGUGGAGUCCAAAGAGCUGGAGUGUGUGGAGGACCCGGGCUCGGCCAGUGAAGCAGCCCGGGCUGGCCACUUCACCCUGGAGCAGUGCCUCAACCUCUUCACCAAGCCCGAAGUCCUGGCCCCGGAGGAAGCAUGGUACUGCCCCAAGUGCAAGCAGCACCGCGAGGCCUCCAAGCAGCUGAUGCUGUGGCGGCUGCCCAACGUCCUCAUCAUCCAGCUCAAGCGCUUCUCCUUCCGCAGCUUUAUUUGGAGGGACAAGAUCAACGACAUGGUGGACUUCCCCGUCCGGAGCCUGGACCUAAGCAAGUUCUGCAUCGGCCGGAAGGGUGAGCAGCAGCUGCCCAUGUAUGACCUGUACGCUGUGAUCAACCACUACGGAGGCAUGAUUGGGGGGCACUACACAGCGUACGCCCGCCUGCCCAACGACAAGAACAGCCAGCGCAGUGACGUGGGCUGGCGGCUUUUCGACGACAGCACAGUCACCACUGUGGAUGAGAGCCAGGUGGUAACCAGAUACGCGUAUGUCCUCUUUUACCGCCGGAGGAACUCUCCUGUGGAGAGACCCCUGCCAGGGCACCCCCCAGACCACCGAGCCGAGCGCACCCCCUCUGCCGAAGCUGCUGCCAGCCAGGCUUCUCUGAUCUGGCAGGAACUGGAGGCUGAAGAACAAGAGCUGCAGCUCGAGGCGCCCCAAAGGCCUGCAAGAAACUCCUGGAGGCCCCGUGGCCAGAAGCAGAGUCCGGGCACCCCCCAGCACCCAGACGAAGGCUGCGUCAGAUACUUUGUCCUGGCCACCACGGCCGCAAUUGUGGCCCUCUUCCUGAACGUCUUCUACCCGCUCAUUUACCAGACCCGCUGGAGAUAGGCAUGGGCGUGCAGCCAGCUGCGGGAGCAGGGCUGCUGAGGCACGCGCCGUCCUAGGACGCUACGCGACGAAGACAUCGGGCAGCAGAACAGAAACUGCCGGGAAGGACUUGCCAAGGGAAGUAUGGGGCCGUCGGCUCCUGCCUGUCUGCUCUGGCAUCUCCUGUGCCAGCUGGCAGGGCUGCGUGGCCAGCCCGCUGCCUUGCCAAGGCACAGCCCAGAACCAGGAGCCCCUCUGCCCUCCCUCACCCUUGCUGCCCGCUGGGAGCGGGACAGACCUCGUGGCUACCUGCUGCUCAGGAGGGGACGUUGACGCUGCAGCACGGACGGGGCCUGGGAACCCCCUGGGAACAGCGACCGCCUCUGCUUGGCUCCCAAGAAAGAAGCGGAGACCUGCCAGGAGGCUGCAGCAAGGGCAGGAUGCCCUGACACGGGUCCUGGUCCGGCCGCCUCGCCCAGCUGUGUUGCUGCGGGAGCCUUGUGCUCCCUGGGGCUGGCGCAACCCACGGCUUCUGGGCCAGCCCUCUUGCCGGCCUCCCCCUGAGCCUUCUGGUGCCAGCUGCCCAUGCACCAGGAGUUGUGCGCAUCGCACCCCCAUGCUGGGGCUGAAUGGGCUUGUCACCGAGGGCCUGUGUGCUUCCCUGCUCAGCCAGAGGCU